AUGGAGAAGUGCAAUCAGGUGGUGGAUGGCGAUGAAGACGCGGAGCUGUAUGGUCCCCCGCAGUAUUCACCAUCAAGGAUCGCACCAGAUGCAGAAAUACCUGUAGUCGAAGAUAGACACGAAGAAGAAAACCCUGGGAUUGACACAGAAAGGCAAAACGAGCCUGAGAAGAUAUGCGAGCCAUCGAAGCCGAAUGGAUUGGUAGAAGCGAGUGCGGAGACACGAAUACAAGCUCUCAAAGCAAAGAUAAAGGAAUUGGAGAGCAGACAGAACUCUGCGGCUGAGGCAAAAUGUUUGAUAUGCCUCGGACCGCACAUAUCCCCCGCGGUGUCGAUCCAGUGCUGGCACGUUUACUGUGAGGUCUGCUGGCUUCAAUCUUUAAAAGCAAAGAAAAUAUGCCCCCAGUGCAACGCGAUAACAAGCGCACAUCAUUUGAGAAGAAUAUACAUGUAA